AUGAACCCGGAGAAGGACUUCUCUCCGCUGACGCCGAGCAUCGUGCGGGCCUUGAACGACAAACUCUACGAGAAGCGGAAGGUGGCGGCGCUGGAAAUCGAGAAGCUCGUGCGUGAAUUUGUGGCUCAGAACAGCACAGCUCAGAUCAAGCAUGUGAUUCAGAUUCUUUCUCAGGAGUUUGCACUUUCCCAGCACCCACAUAGUCGAAAAGGGGGGCUUAUUGGCCUGGCAGCCUGCUCCAUUGCUCUUGGGAAGGACUCUGGUCUGUACUUGAAGGAGCUCAUUGAGCCUGUGCUGACAUGCUUCAAUGAUGCUGACAGCCGCUUGCGGUACUACGCCUGUGAGGCCCUAUACAACAUCGUGAAGGUGGCCAGAGGCUCUGUCCUCCCCCACUUCAAAGUGCUGUUUGAUGGCUUGAGCAAGCUUGCUGCAGAUCCAGACCCAAAUGUCAAAAGUGGAUCUGAACUCCUGGACCGGCUUCUGAAGGACAUUGUGACCGAGAGCAACAACUUUGAUCUGGUGAGCUUCAUUCCACUGCUGCGUGAGAGAAUCUAUUCCAACAACCAGUAUGCUCGACAGUUUAUCAUUUCCUGGAUCUUGGUUCUGGAGUCAGUUCCAGAUAUCAACCUUCUGGAUUACCUGCCAGAGAUUCUAGAUGGCCUCUUCCAGAUCCUGGGUGAUAACAGCAAGGAGAUACGUAAAAUGUGUGAAGUAGCCCUUGGUGAAUUUCUGAAAGAGAUCAAGAAGAACCCUUCCAGUGUCAAGUUUGCUGAGAUGGCCAACAUCUUGGUGAUUCACUGCCAGGCUUCUGAUGACCUAAUCCAGUUGACUGCCAUGUGCUGGAUGCGCGAAUUCAUCCAGCUGGCUGGCCGGGUGAUGCUGCCAUAUUCCUCAGGAAUCCUGACAGCUGUCCUGCCGUGCCUGUCCUAUGACGACCGGAAGAAGAGCAUCAAAGAGGUGGCCAAUGUGUGCAACCAGAGCCUCAUGAAGCUGGUUAUUCCGGAAGAUGAUGAGGUUGAUGAGACCAAACAGCCCACAACAGCCCCCCAGAUAAUGGAGGGUGAUCAGGAUGAAUCUCUGUCCAAGCAGGAGGUGACCUCCGGCGGCUGCCUGGAUGCCUCAGGCGAUUCCAAUUUCAGCAACACCAGUGUCUUUAUACCAGCCAGCACUGAGAGAAUCCAGGUGACCCUGAACCUCGAUGGAAUUGUCCAAGUAUUGGACUGUCACCUUCACGAUUCAACCAUUGGGAUGAUGACACGGAUAGCAGUCCUGAAGUGGCUGUAUCACUUGUACAUCAAGACGCCUCGCAAGAUGUUCCGGCAUACAGACAGCCUGUUUCCCAUCUUGUUAAAGACAUUAUCUGAUGAGUCUGACGAGGUUAUCCUCAAGGACCUUGAAGUCUUGGCCGAGAUUGCAUCCUCUCCAGCAGGUCAGACAGAAGGACAAGGGGCACCUGACGGCCCCAGUUUACGACCUGGGCAACUGGAACUGCACAUUCCUGCUCCAACUAAACCUUCCCAGGUUGGCUCCUCUGGUACCAAAGGCAUGGAGUGCUCUCCCUCGACACCCACCAUGAACUCCUACUUCUAUAAGUUCAUGAUCAACUUGCUCAAGAGAUUCAGCAAUGAGCGGAAGCUCCUGGAGUUACGGGGAGCUUUCAUCAUCAGGCAACUCUGUCUUCUCCUGAAUGCUGAGAACAUCUUUCACUCAAUGGCUGACAUCCUGCUGCGGGAGGAAGACCUCAAGUUUGCCUCGACGAUGGUCCACACCCUCAACACCAUCCUCCUGACUUCUUCUGAGCUCUUCCAGCUGAGGAACCAACUUAAGGAUCUGAAGACGGCGGAGAGCCGCAACCUGUUCUGCUGCCUGUACCGUUCCUGGUGCCACAACCCUGUGACCACCGUCUCCCUCUGCUUCCUCACUCAGAACUACAAGCAUGCCUAUGACCUCAUCCAGAAGUUUGGUGACCUGGAGGUCACAGUGGAUUUCCUGAUUGAGGUUGACAAGCUGGUCCAGUUGAUCGAGUGUCCGAUUUUUACAUAUCUCCGCUUGCAGCUGCUGGACGUGAAGAACAACCCUUACCUCAUCAAGGCUCUGUAUGGGCUUCUGAUGCUCCUGCCCCAGAGCAAUGCCUUCCAGCUCCUCUCCCACCGCCUACAGUGCGUGCCCAACCCAGAACUCCUGCAAACAGCGGAUGGCCCAAAGGCCAGCCUCACCUCCAAGAAGACCUCUGUCACCACCCCUGCCAUAGACUACGCAGAGUUGCUGCAACACUUUGAGAAGGUCCAGAGCAAACACCUCCAGGUCCGGCACCAGCGAGCCAACCGGGGCGAGAACCUGGAUCGGAGAACUGUCUUCUGAAGGCCGGAACCCAAGGGACACAGAGGAAGCAGCCAAGCAGCCGGAGUAGCUAAACUCCAUGGCUUGGAGUUGGGAAGAGACCUUGGCUGGAUAUUGCUGCUAGCUACACAUUGAAGAGAUGUCACCUUGCUGUGGGGACGAGCCAGCAUGUUCUGGGGGGCCUUUUCUGAUCCUCCCAGGCAAGAUUUGCUUGUGAGGUGGAACAAGAAGCUGCUGUCUAGUUUGGGAUGUGCUUUUCCUCUCUGGCAGUGGUGCAAGAGCCUUCCCCUUCCCUUGUGAUGGUCAUCUGAUGGUCGUAGCCGUGCUUUUGCAACUGCCAGAGGGGGGAAAAGAAAUGGGACUUCCUACUUCCAGCCUGAGAGGGGGGAGGGUGUGUGGGAAACCCUGGUGCAGCCCUUCCUCCCCACUGAUUUGGGGAUGCAGUUGCCAAAUCCACAGCGCCUUGACCCCUCUCAGCAGCCCUGUGGGCUUGCACACUGGUCCCCAUGUGUGGAUUGGUCAACUGCUAUGAACUCCCAGCAGGAUCACCUCCCUUGCCAGCUUCCCAUCCAGCCCCCAAAAAACCAUGUGUUUGGACUGCACAGUCUUAGCUUACAGCUAACCUGUGUGUAUGUGUAUAUAUAGAUCUCUAUAGACCAACUGUAUUUCUAGCCUGGAUUUCUUUGUACUAUUGUAAAACACUCCUUGCAAUAAAAGGUAUGGCAAAUAAAAUGAUUGAUGGCAGAA